CCUCCCUGGAUCACAUGUCCAGCUUGGGGGGGGUUUGGCAGUGUGACCGCCGUUCUCUGGUGGCCAUCGACUGUUUCAGAUCUGAAUGGACCUGAGUUCUUCCUGAAGGUCCUGCUCAGCGGCACUAUGGUGGACUGGGACUACGACUACCUGAUCAAGCUGCUGGCGCUGGGCGACUCCGGCGCGGGGAAGACCACCUUCCUGCACAGGUACACCGACAACAAGUUCCACCGCAGGUUCACCACCACGGUGGGCAUCGACUUCAGGGAGAAGAGGGUGGUGUACGUUGGGACGGGGGCCGAUGGGGCGAGUGAGAGGAGCUUCAGGGUCCACCUCCAGCUGUGGGACACGGCGGGACAGGAGAGGUUCCGCAGCCUCACAACGGCGUUCUUCAGGGACGCCAUGGGCUUCCUGUUGAUGUUCGACCUGACCAAUCAGCAGAGCUUUGUGAACGUCAGGAACUGGAUGAGUCAGCUGCAGGCCAACGCGUACUGCGACAGCCCAGAUGUGGUGCUGGUGGGCACUAAGGCAGACCUCAAGGACAUGAGGAACGUCCACGCCAGACAGGCUCGAGAGCUGGCAGAGCGAUACGGCAUCCCUUACUUUGAGACCAGCGCGCUGACAGGAGCGGGUGUGGACCAGGCCGUUACCACCCUGCUCAAUCUGGUGAUGAAGAGGAUGGAGCAGGGGGCGUACGGCUCGGAGCCCAACGGCAGCCACAGCUGCAGUCGUGAGGUGGAGGAGGCUCCUGUCAGGAGGAGGUGCGCCUGCUGAUGGGAGGAGAAGACCUUCAAAAACUGGAAAGAGGCCGAAUUUCUAUCGAUUCUUUCAACACAAAAUGAUCAAACUUCAGAUUUUUACCUGGAAUUUUCUACCUCGAGGUGUUUUUCCGGCCAUAAUAACCAGUAAAUUCACGUCUUUGAUCCUUUUUUGUGACUUUUUUAAAGGAUAAUUGUAACGUUUUGUAGAAUUCUUUAGUCUAAAUUAGAAAUAAAUGUCAAUUUGGCAAAAUAUGGAGUCCUAAAUGGAGACAUUGUGGUGGUUUGAGAAGAACACUGGAGCAUCUUCAUGAUGAAGAGUCUGGAGUGAGGUCAGACGUUUCAUGGAGGCUUCUUCUAAUGAAUUAAUGAUCCUAAACAUUUCCUUUUUGAACCUUUCACAUUAAAAGCAUGGCUGAUUAUGGAUUUUGCUAUGAAGAA